GGUCCGCCCGUGGAUGUCGAGCGAGAAAAACAGAGAGAAAAACUGGCAAAGUGGAUCAAACGAAUACAAGCGCUCAAGUUCAAACUCAUCGUCUUCCCUUCCUUUCACUCCCUUCAUUCCCAAACCAAACCCGAUCCCAAUGGCCUCUCUUCCUUCGUUCCAGAUCUCUCUCAGCUCCUCCGCAAUGGCUUCUCAGAGAUCUCCAGCCUCAUCAAUGGACGCACCCUUCACGCCCUCUCCAUCAAGCAGCACGCUCUUCAUCUCAGUCUCUUCCACUACAACACCCUCAUCAACAUGUACUUCCGUUUUGGCCAACCCCACAUUGCCUUCAAACUGUUCGACAGAAUGCCUCUGAGAAAUGAUGCGUCUUGGAAUACCGUCAUUUCUGGCUGUGCUCGAGCUGGAUUGUUUGUUAAAUCUAUUGAGUUGUUUCGGAGCAUGCGUGGAGAUGGAUUCGGUCCUAAUGGUUUUGUUCUUGCGAGCAUUUUGUCGGCUUUUAAUCAGUGCAGGGAAGUGAUUGGUAGAGGGAUUGAGUUUCAUGGUUUUGUUCUCAAAGUUGGGAUUUUGAAUGAUGUUUAUGUGGCUACUGCGCUGUUGCAUUUGUAUGGUACGCAUGGGCUUGUAUACAAUGCGGAGAGACUGUUUGAUGAGAUGCCGGAGAGGAAUGUGGUCUCUUGGACUGCAUUGAUGGUGAGUUAUUCGAAGAAUGGGUAUCCAGAGGAUGCUGUCAUUGCUUAUCAGCAAAUGAAAAGGGAUGGUGUGCCUUGCAAUGAGAAUUCUUUCUCAGCAGUGAUCAGUUCCUGUGGGUUGCUUGCCAGUGAAACUAUUGGUUUUCAGAUUCUAGCACAUGCUGUGGUUUGUGGCUCUGGGAAUGAUGUCUCGGUUUUGAAUGCUGCAAUUGCUUUGCUUGAUAGUCUGGAGAGAGUAGAAGAUGCGGAGAGGGUCUUUUAUCAGAUGAAGAACCGUGACAGGAUAACAUGGAAUUCGAUGAUAUCUUUGUAUUCACAUUGUGGAAUGUGUGAGGAAUCCUUGCAAUGUUUCUCUGAUAUGCGUCAUGCUAAUGUGCGGUUUGAUGCGACUACACUGUCCAGUUUGAUAUCUGUAUGUGCUUCUGUGAAUUGUCCAAAAUUCGCGAAGGGCCUCCAUGCGUUUGCUGUUAAACAAGGUCUUGAUGCAUCUGUUUCCGUGGCCAAUACACUUGUUAGUAUGUAUUCUUUGGAGACAUUGGAAGAUGCGGAGAGUUUGUUUCAUGCCAUGGUUGAGAAGGAUCUCAUUUCUUGGAAUUCCAUGAUCUCUGCUUAUGCUCAAUGUGGGCAGCUCAUGGAUGCAUUGAAGAUCUUCUCUCAAUUGCUUCUAGGUAGAAAUGUAGUUAAUCAUGUAAGUUUUGCUAGUGCGCUGGGGGCAUGUUCAAGCCCUGAAGCUCUAUCAUAUGGAGAGAUGGUCCAUGCCCUCAUGAUCCAAUUUGGACUUCAAGGGAAUUUGUUAUUGGGGAAUGCUUUGAUCACUAUGUACAGCAAAUGUAAUGCUAUGAGAAAAGCUGAGUUGGUAUUCCAGAGAAUGCCGGCAUAUGAUGUGGUUACAUGUAAUGCACUUAUCGGAGGGAAUGUAGAGAAUGAAGAGCAGAGGGAGGCAAUGCAAGUGUUUAGUUUGAUGAGAAGGGUAGGAAUAAGGGGAAACUACAUCACAAUGGUGAAUGUCCUCGGUUCUUGCUCAGCACCUCAAGACCUACUGCAGUUUGGAAUGCCCCUCCAUGCACAUAUAAUCUCUUGUGGAUUUGAGUCAGAUGAGUUUGUGAAGAACUCAUUGCUUACAAUGUACUCAAAGUGUGGAGAUUUCAAUUCGAGCAAAUUUAUUUUUGAUAGACUGGCAAUCAGAACGACGGUUUCUUGGAAUGUAAUGGUAGCAUCUAAAGCUCAUCACUUUCAUGGGGAGGAUGCUCUAAAGCUAUUCACAGAAAUGCGUUAUGAAGGAGUGGAGCUGGAUCAGUUCAGUCUCUCUGCUGGCCUUGCAGCAAGCACUAGCUUAGCAUCUGUAGAGGAAGGACAACAGCUUCACAGUCUGAUCAUAAAAUUCGGAUAUGAAAUGGAUCUCCAUGUGAGGAAUGCCGCAAUGGAUAUGUAUGGUAAAUGUGGUAACAUUGAUGAUAUGUUAAAAAUGCUUCCAGAACCGAGCAGCCGGUCACGACAAACAUGGAACAUUAUGAUAUCAGUGUAUGCGAGACAUGGUCUUUUUGAGAAAGCUGAGAAGACUUUUAAGCAAAUGCUUCAAAUCGGACCUAAGCCGGACUAUGUAACCUUUGUUUCUCUCCUUGCUGCAUGCAAUCAUGCUGGUCUAGCAGACAAGGGACUAGAUUACUAUGCAUAUAUGACUUCAGCGCUUGGCAUUCAACCGAGGAUAGAGCAUUGCGUUUGCAUGGUUGAUCUGCUUGGACGUUCUGGAAAGCUCAUCGAAGCAGAAAAGUUUGUGGAAAACAUGCCAGUACAACCAAAUGAUCUCAUUUGGCGUAGUUUGCUGGCAUCAAGCAGAAUACACAAAAAUUUGGAGCUGGGGAAGAAAGCCGCGCAAUGCCUGCUAAAGCUGGACCCAUUAGAUGACUCUGCAUACGUUCUUCUAUCAAAUGUUUGUGCUACUACUGGAAGGUGGGAGGAUGUGGAGAAGGUGAGAACACAUAUGAAAUCGAUCAAUUUGAAAAAAAGACCUGCAUGUAGUUGGAUUAAAGUGAAGAACAAGGUAAGUUCAUUUGGCAGUGGAGAUAGGGGACACCCACAAGCUGAGCUGAUAUAUGCAAAGUUGGAAGGGAUGUUGCACAUGGUGAAAGAACUAGGUUAUGUUGCAGAUACAUCCUUCACGCUGCAUGAUAUAGAUGAAGAACAGAAGGAACAUACUCUUUGGAACCAUAGUGAGAAACUAGCCUUGGCUUUUGGCUUGAUGGGUGUACCUGAAGGAUCUAUAAUUAGAGUUUUCAAGAAUCUUCGUGUUUGUGGUGAUUGUCAUUUAGUGUACAAAUUAGUUAGCAAGGCUGUUGGUCGAGAACUAGUGUUAAGAGAUCCUUUCAGAUUUCAUCAUUUCAAAGAUGGGAAAUGCUCAUGCUUGGAUUAUUGGUGAUGAAGUAUUGUCAACAAGGCACAGGAAGAUGAAGAUAUGGCACCAUGAACAUGUUGGAAUAUCUGAUUAAUUGCUCCUCAGGCAUUGGAUUGGUGGCAGUUUACUGGACUUGGUGAAUCUGGUUUUCUAAUUCUUCCUGCCAUUCUCAAGAGGUUAGUUGCACCUUAUCUUGAUUCUCGUUAAGUAUUUUUUUAUUUUUCAAAAAUACAAUAAUAAAACCAUACCAUGAAACCAAAUGACUGUAAAAGUAUAAACCAUCAACAAAGGCACUCAAAUUAAUUUUUUAGUUGUUUUACACAAUAAAAUGUUCGUCACUUAGCUGGAAAUAUCUUCUGAUAGACUGACUAUGUUUAUUUGCUGGUAUUAUAUUCCAACACAAGUACCAACACCCAAAGAAGAGAAUCUGAUCCCUCUGUCUUCAG